GACUAACUCCAGAAGAAGAAAAAAAGAGACAAGAACAGGACGAGAUGGUUACUGCUGCUUUUGCUUUAAGCCACUUCAUGUUCUUGCGCGACAGAAUCCAAGAUGGUAAGAAGAAGAAAAUCAUCAAGGAUGAUACGGAAGAAACCCUAGACUUACUCCUCCGAUGGACCAGCGAUCCACCAAAAAAUCUACCGGAAGCGACCACGGCAGUGUUGGGACGAUGCAGCAAACCGAUAAGGAAGCAGUUAACAAAGAGCGACGUGAAGGGAGAUCAAAACAGGCUAAUGCUAAGAAAGGUGCAAGUGGACAAGAACUUUUUGCCUCUUCUUGAAGAAUCGGAUACUCUGCUUGGGAAAGAGGGGACUAGGGUUUCGGUUUACGGACCAGACGGGAAGGCUCAUGAGAUGAUGUUCAAAAUGUGGAAUGAGAAGACGCCUGUGUUGAUGUCAGGAUGGAACACGUUUGUGAAAGUGUAUAAGCUCAGUAUGUAUUGCGAUUUUCUCACAGUUUUCAUGUUUAGGCACAAGGUGACUCGUGAGAUUUGUGUCGCUAUUGACUCCACUAGGCAUCCUGUAGCGAGACAGUUGAGUGAGACGAUCUCAAAGAUUGUCUUCAAAGGGGAGGAUAAGGACUAGGGCUUUUGAAAUAGAAUGUGACUUUUAGGAAUGAUUUAAGAGUUUUUUUUUCUUAGAGAAGGUAAUUAAGGGUUUAAG